GCGGGCGGGCGCUGCCAUGGCGGGUCCCGCGGUGCCGUGCCGCGUGCAGUACCUGGAGGACGCCGACCCCUUCUCGUGCGCCAGCUUCCCGGAGCCGCGGCGCGCGCCCAUCCACCCCGUGCUGGAGGCCGUGCCCCUGGGCGCGCAGCUGCCCGCCCUGCACAGCCUGCUCGGCGCGCCGCUGCCGCUGGAGGACUGCACACUGCAGGUCUCGCCAUCGGGACACUACCUGGAUCUUGAACUAUCACUGCUGGAACAGAAAGAUGAGCUGGAAGGGUUCUAUGAGGAAGCAAGCAAAGGGAGGCGACCAACUCUUAUCGUGCGCACUCAGCUUUCUGUUCGAGUCCAGGCCAUCCUCGAAAAGCUGUACAACUCCCAGGGGCCGGAGCUGAGGCGCUCUCUUUUCUCCCUGAAGCAGCUCUUUCAGGAGGAUAAGGACCUGGUGCCGGAGUUUGUGAACCUAGAGGGGUUGACGUGCCUGAUCAAAGUGGGGGCACAGGCUGACCAGAAUUACCAGAACUACAUCCUGCGAGCACUGAGUCAGAUCAUGCUCUUUGUGGAUGGGAUGCAGGGGGUGAUUGAUCACAAUGAGACAGUGCAAUGGCUCUACACGCUGACUGGGAGCCUGUACCGCCUGGUGGUGAAGACAGCACUGAAGCUGCUGCUUGUGUUUGUGGAGUACACGGAGUCCAACGCCCAGCUUCUCAUAGAGGCUAUCAACAUGGUGGACCAGAAGAGAGGUGCAAAUCCAUGGUCAAACCUGAUGGCAAUCCUAGAGCAGCGCAAUGGGGCUGACACAGAGCUGCUGCUGUUCACCAUCAUGCUCAUUAACAAGACACUGGUGGCCCUCCCAGACCAGGACUCAUUCUACGAUGUGACGGACUGUCUGGAGCAACAGGGAAUGGAGAGCAUCAUGCAGCAGCACAUGAACAGCAAAGGCACUGAUCCUGACUUGAAGCAGCAGUUUGCAAUCUAUGAAAGUGCACUCAGAUAUGAAGAUGGGGUUGAGGAGUCGCCAUUGGGAGCACGCAAGGAACGAAGGAAAACAGAUGAGGGCCGGCGGGGCUGGCGCUCCUUAGGGGGUGGUAUAGAUGUCAGUUUCACUGCCAGCUCCCCAAGCCCAGUCCAGGAAAGCAACCGUCUGGCUGAGAACUCCAGCACCUUGAUAGAAUCCCUUGCCAAAGACCUUCAUCCCCCAGCACUCUCGCCCCCUGCAGAGGUUGUUACUGAAAGCAGCCCAGCACAGCCAUGCUUUCAGAGCGUUUACAACAGUGCCUCUAAUGUGCAGCUCUCUGUGCCGGCUGUGGCAGGGGAGAGGGAGCAACCCAGCAUCGUUGGGGAGAGGAGCAUUUACAAAACUCGCUUCCUGGAAAACCUUGCUGCAUCCCAAAAGGAGAAGAUUUCAGCCAUGGCCAAGGGGCAGAUUGACAUCUUCACUGAGGUUGCUCUUGGGCACACUGCAACCGUGUUUCCACCUAGAGGAGAUGGCAGUGUCUGUGAGCCUGACACAGAGCUGACUGCUACAGGAAGGAGGAGCAAAAUGGAGGAGCAGAACAAAGCGGUUAAUGAGAUGGAGCCAUGCUCAGCCAAGAGCACACAGGGGAGAGAUGAGAAGCAGGGCAAUACAUCAGGGCCCAGCCUCCCCUGGCACGAGAGCACCGAGUCCUGCAGCACCAUCUCCUCCGACAAGAAGUUCAUGUUAGGCAUGCCAUUUGGUAAAAAGUGCAUGGAGUCAGGGAGGGAGCAGCUCUUCCCUGAAACACCAACCUCAUCUCUGCCCCUGGCAGAGGCCAGAGACAUGCCAAACCAUGCUGACACACAGGGCCUGGCAGGUGCCUGGCCCCACAGCAAGGCCCCUGAUGCCCAGGGCAGGCUGGUGCAGGCCCAGUCCAGUAUUGAUGCAGACAUCAAUUCUCAGAACUUGGAGAGAGCCCUCGUGACCCCAUUCAAAAAAGAUUCUGAGUUCACAUGGGAUUGGCAGGAGACCAGCUCCAAGGCACUGAAGAUCAAGGACCUGGACUUCUCAGACCUUUGCAAUGAGGAAGAUUUUGAUGUCUUAGAUACAACAACAAUAGAAAAUGGCUCUUUACAUGCGCCUCCCCCUUUGCCUCCUGGUAUUGGGCUGAUGGCUGAAGGAGGCCCCAUGGCAUUGCCACCACCACCCCCUCCUCUUGGCUGUCCUCCACCUCCUCCCCCAGUCCCUGGCUGCCCCCUGCCCCCACCACCUCCUGCACCUCUUGGGUCCUCCAUACCCAAUGGCCAUUCCCCACCCAAGAAAAAGAAGACUGUGAAGCUCUUCUGGAAGGAGCUCAAGCAGCCUGAUAACUGCACUGGGGCUGGCAAAUUUGGCCAGGCCACCGUGUGGUCUUCCCUGCAGAGAGUGGAGAUUGAUGCUGCCAAGCUGGAGCAUCUCUUUGAGUCCCGGGCCAAGGAAGUGCCAAGUUCCAAGAAAGCUGUUGAUGCGAAAAAGACAGUCAUCAUAGUCCUGGAUCCCAAGAGGAGCAAUGCCAUUAACAUCGGCCUGACGGUGCUUCCGCCUGCCCAUAUCAUUAAGACAGCGAUUCUCAACUUUGAUGAGUUUGCUGUUAACAAGGAAGGAAUUGAGAAAAUCCUGACCAUGGUCCCAACAGAUGAGGAGAAGCAGAAGAUCCAAGAGGCACAGCUAGCCAAUCCAGAAGUCCCCCUCGGGUCAGCUGAACAGUUUCUGCUUACCCUCUCCUCCAUCAGUGACCUCGCAGCCAGACUCCAGCUCUGGGCAUUCAAACUGGACUAUGAAAGCAUGGAGCAGGAGAUUGCUGAGCCUUUGUUUGACCUGAAACUUGGGAUGGAGCAGCUGGCCAAGAACUAUACCUUCAAGUGCAUCCUGGCCACUUUGCUGGCUACAGGCAACUUCCUGAAUGGUUCCCAGAGCAAGGGCUUUGACCUGAGCUACCUGGAGAAAGUCUCUGAGGUGAAGGACACUGUGCACAGGCAGUCCUUGCUGCAUCACCUCUGCCAGAUGGUGGUGGAGAAGUUCCCAGAAACCACCAACCUCUAUUCGGAGAUCGCAGCCCUCACACGAUCAGCCAAAGUCGACUUUGAUGAACUUGCAGAAAGUCUGGUUCAACUGGAGCGAAGAUGCAAAGCAUCAUGGGACAGCCUGAAGGUGAUAACCAAACACGAGUACAAAUCUGUUCUGAAGAGCAAACUGACGGACUUUCUGAAGGAAAGCACCCAGAAGAUCAUCAUCCUGAAAGUGGUGCACAGGCGUGUGCUGAACAGGUUUCACUCCUUCCUGCUGUACCUGGGCUACCCUACCAACGCAGUGCGAGAUGUGAAGGUGACUCGCUUUUGCAAGACCCUGCGGGAGUUCGCCCUGGAGUACCGCACCUGCUGGGAGCGUGUCCUACAGCAGCAAAAGAAACGGGCUGCGCACCGUGAGAGGAACAAGACCCGGGGCCGGCUGAUCACAGAGACAGAGAAGUUCUCCAGCAUUGCCAGCAGCACUGAGACCAGCUCCCCUGUGCCUGCAGUAUCCACUAGCCCCGAGCAGCAGGCUGAGGCAGGCCAUGAAAGCAUGAAGAGCAUGCUGAUCUCCUCCACAGAGACUCCUGCCCGGCGCAGCAGGGCCAGCCGAGGUGUGGGACAAUCCAGCCCCUCCAGUGGGUCCCCAGCUCAGGAGGACACUUCCAGUUCCCCUGAUGAUGCAUCGGAUGAAAUCAUGGAUCGUUUAGUGAAAUCUGUCACUCACAAUCCCAACCCACGGCCAGGUGCCGCCAAGGAACGCAAGAGGUCACGUGUGAACAGGAAGUCCUUGAGGAGGACCCUGAAGAGUGACCUCAGCGAGGACGUGGUGAAGGCACUGGGCCUGGCCCGGACUCCUGGUGUGGAUGUGUGAAGGCUGCCAUAGCAAGCAGAGUGUGUUGUGAAGGAGCCUGAGCAUGGCCUGUGCUGCUCCCCCUCUGUGCUGCUCCCCCCCUCGAGAGCGAAUGGAGCUGUGAGUGUGUGGGGAGCCCCCCUGCAGAGCCAGGACAGUGCUCUGUGUCAAAUAGGAAGGUGGGCAGGUGGUCAUAGAGAUCAGGACACAUGAGGGGGCAUUGAGCCACUGGGGCUGAAGCCCCAGUUUGCUUGUCACCACAAUCCCUGCCUGGGCCCCAAAGCCUGUGCCAUGUGGUGGGGUCUCCUACAAGGGCUGCUGCUUUCCCUUCACUCUGCCACUCCCUCCCCACCCCCGCUUCAGGUAUCUGUGCCCUGCUGCCCACACAGCCCAGCUGUUGUGUGGUUUCCUGCCACAGUGCUGAAUCUUAAAGGGCUUUACCUCAGGGAUGUUGCAGCUUUUGAGCACCUAGCCAAUAGCUGAGGAACUCUGUGCUUAGAGAGGGAAGUGCUGUGGGCCCAGCCAGCGUGGAGAGCAGCUGGAAGCAGUAGGGGUAGGGGACUGGAGAGAGUUUCUGAAGUGGAUGCUUGUGGUACCCCCCCACCCAGACACACCUUUGGGGAAAACCCCAUUUCCUUGUUUUGCCUCCUGCCCCUGCUUCCUUCCCUCCAGGACACUGCACUCUGGUACAUCUCUGAGCUGUCUCAUGGAUGCAGUCAGCUUUUACCUAGGGACAGGCUGCUGGCUCUUCUAUCUCAUGCAGUCCUCUGUUCAUAGUACAAGGCUUCUGCCCCAACAUGCUGAUGCCCCCUUGUUUGUAAGCUAAGGCAAGGGCAUUGUGUGUUGGCUUAGGCUGUGUGUGCUGAGGAGGGUGUCAUGUGCUCUGUCCCUGAUGGAGAGCUGAGCUGUUUGUGUGUGUGGUUGCUCUGGAUUUGUAGUCUGAACUAGGAUGGUGUGUAUGGUGGUCACCUACCACUAGCCCUGUAUCUGAGGUAGUCCCAGCCUCAGUGCUAUGGCUAGAGAAGGCCCAUGUUGUGUUAUAUGUGCUGACUGCACUGAAUAAAGACACUUGACAUUG